AUGGAAAAUAUCCAGGCAUUGCUAUCAAACGCGACUCCAGUCCAGUGGGGGGCUGCAGCGGCGGCUGUCAUCUCCCUCGGGCUCGUCUAUGCAACAUCACGAAAGACAUACGGCUCAGGCCGACAUUAUCCACCAGGACCGCCCAAGCUUCUUCUCAUCGGAAAUGCGCACAACUUUCCUGUGGAUAACUGGGCCGUCGUGUUCAACGAAUGGCAAAAGCUCUACGGGGACAUAAUCCACAUACAACUUCCCGGAACCUCUUUUGUUAUCGUCAAUUCUUUUGAAAUCGCACAAGAACUAUUCAAUAAGCGGGCAAAGUUUAAUUCAGACCGAAAUGUUGGUCACAUGAUUAUGAAACUUAUGGGCUGGGAAUGGACACCUAUAUUCAGAAACGCCGAUAUCGUUCACAGCACCGAGCGAACAAUGUUCAAACGUGGGAUCGGUCCAACAAAGAUGCCGUUGAAAGAUCCUCUCAUUGAAAGUCAUACCCAGCAACUCGUUCUCGAUUUACAAAGGAUUAAAGGAAACCCAAGAAAUACAAUAGUAAAUAUCAUUGGCAUGACUAUCAUCGAGCUCGCUUACGGCCGUGGCAUUGUAAAAGAUCAUGGAGUGGAGUUGACUGCACUUAAUGUAGAAGCGAUGAGACUCUUGAAUCAAGCCGUCGUGACAGUAUGGGCUGUGGAUCUUUUCCCUCUGCUUCGUUUCUGGCCUAGUUGGAUGCCAGGAGGACAAUUUAAACGGCAUGGUGCAUACAGCAAGCAGCUUGUCGACCGUAUUCGGGAAUGGCCUUUUCAGAUGGCCAUCGAACGUCAUAAAGCCGGAACUCUUGGCCACUGCCUCGCUGACGAUCUUAUCAACGAGUUUGGUACACGGUUUGAAGUUCAAGACACGCUAGCCUCUCUCUAUCUAGCCGGUGUUGAUACUACAUCCACAGUGGUUGUCCAGUUUCUACAUGCCAUGUUUGUUUUCCCGGAAAUCGCAAAAGAAUCGCUGCGGCUCAAAUGUGCCGCGCCCGUGGGCGCUCCUCGUUCGAACAUGCACGAUGAAACAAUCAACGGUUACUUUAUCCCUAAAGGCUCCAUUAUAAAUUCCAAUUUCGGCUUCAUGCUCAAUAAUCCAAAGAUAUGGGGAGACCCGGAAAUCUUUAGACCAGAGCGUUUUCUCUCAGCCGAGGCCAGUGCUCUGCCAGAUCCCACUGUUCUCAUCUUUGGAUUUGGAGCGAGAAUUUGUCCAGGAAUGUAUUUUGCUGAUCGUACUGGGUUUCACAUGGCGGUUUCGACGAUGGCAUUGUUCGAUAUCAAGCCUCUACCCGGAGAGUUGGUUCCGCUAUACACGGAGGUUGAAUACACGAAAACUCUUUUCCGACUUCCCGUCAAGUUCGAUUGCAGUUUUGCUCCGAGGGAUAGCAAAGCCACUCAUCUCUUAUCCUCCCUGGCAUUGGGCUAUUGA